GUAGUGAAUGGGAUGUGCUGAGCAAUCGCCUGCCCUUCUGUUGCAUUUUCACCUGUAGAUCUCAAAGCACUUCACGGAGAUUGAUGAACUCUAAUCUCUGUUUUGCAGAUAGGCACAGCAUAGGGUACAUAAUACAGUGAGUCUCUGGUCAGACCUGAAAUAGAACCCAGAUCCUCUGGCUCACAGUCCUCUGCCCUAACCACUGGGAAAUGCUGCCUCUUUGGAAGUGCUGCAUUUUACUCCAGUGUAGACAGAAGCAGUGCAUGCUUCCUCCACCCCAGCCUGCCAGUGUGAGGCGCCCUGAGCUUUAAGGACUGUUUCUAUGGGGAUGGGAUGGGUCAUUUCAUCGCUGGCCUCUCUGCUGAGAUGGCUAGAAAGGGGACACAUAGUGCCUCUUGGGGUGUUGCUUUUGUGAACCCUGGGAACUGCGCUGAGACUCUGCAUGGACCAUCAAACAGCUGUUAGAGGGUGAUGUCUUUGGUGUCUGCCAUCAGAGCCGCAAGCUAGAGAGAAAAGCCCCGGCUGCCCCUGCCCAACCCUGUCGGUCAUCGGGUGCCCCCCCAGGUGUGGAACAUAGUGGACAUUAACUCCGUUGCUGCUUUCAUUUGUCCACUUACUGGUUUUGCACCUCGACUCGCUGGUCGUGCCAGAGCAUGGGUCUUGGUGGUGCAGCACGUCUGCUGCGCUGCGCAGAAUUCAGAGGAGUAUGUUUAAUGGGAGUGAAAUUCACCCCCUGCUAAACAUCGGGGAGUUUCGCCCAUGCAUAAGGCCUGAAUUUGCCCAUUGUUUUUAUAGGUCCUGUACAAAUGGCUUUUUUUGUUAUUUAUUUCUCGAUAAUAAUGGCAGCCUUGUUUUUUCAAGGCUAGUAUGUGGAAUCCAUGGACUUCUCACGUUGGGAGCGGGCCCUGAGCAAGGCAUAAAGUCGUGACGCUCCAGGACAGUUCAUGUAGAAGCUCCCUGCUGCUGCCUGAAGUCCUGUGGUCUGAAACCACGGACAAGAGGGAUUUACUGCCCAGCGCUGCAGAAUUAUCUCACAUCAGCUCCCUGCGCCUGCAGUUCAUGGCUGCGAUGACUUCGUGCUUUCAGAGCGUGCCCUGAUUAGUUAGUGUUUAGUUCACUUCAGUGCUUCUCAUUGCUAAUAAUCUUGUUAACAGAGGGAGCAAGGGAACAUGCUGCUUCCAUCCGCAGUCAUUGUCAUUGCUCUGGUGGCUGGUGAGCUGCUGCAGGACAGUCUCUGUUCACAGUAAUAUUCCAUGACGUGGACAUGCUGACAGAACAGCUGUUUCCAGUAGUUGAGGCCAUGCAGAAACACUUCAGUGCUGGGUCCGGGUCCUACUACAGCGAUUCCAUCUUCUUCCUGUCGGUGGCCAUGCACCGCAUCAUGCCCACAGAGCACAGCCCUCGAGAGCAAUGGCCUGGGGAGAGAGAGACUGGAGUGAGCCAGAUAGAACGGAUAAUCCAGCUGGACUUGGACCUGAAGUACAAGACCAACAUCCGAGAGCUGUUUGAGGAGUUUGACCAUUUCCUGCAAGGAGCCGUCAUUGGGAUAGCCAGAGAGAUGCAGCCUGUCUACAGGCACACGUUCUGGCAGUUCCGCCGUGAGAACCCCCAGACCAAGGUGGGCGAACCCCCUCCUGACGGCCUGCCUGGCUUUAACAGCGGGGUCAUGCUGCUGAACCUGGAAGCCAUGCGCCAGUCCCAGCUCUACAACCAGUUGCUGGAGCCAGACAUGGUGCGGCAGCUCACGGAGAAGUACCACUUCAAGGGCCACCUGGGGGACCAGGACUUCUUCACGAUGAUUGGCAUGGAGCACCCCGAGCUGUUCCACGUGCUGCACUGCACCUGGAACCGGCAGCUCUGCUCCUGGUGGAGGGAGCACGGAUACAGUGAUGUGUUCGAUCAGUACUUCCGGUGCGAGGGCCAAGUCAGAAUCUACCACGGGAACUGCAACACACCAAUCCCCGAGGACUAGGCUGCCCGUCGCUCUGCUGGGUCAUGGGAGCAGCAGCUAGUGAAGUGUGUGCACCAAUGCCCCAUGCAAAGGGGACCCCAGCCCCUCGUGCCCUGGGCUCCUGCACCGCACUCCAGCUGUUCCAGGAACAUUCCAACCCUUUUGCCUCGAGGAGGAUGUGCAGUCUAGGGGUUAAACCAAGGCAACUGGGUUCUGCUUCCAACUCAGACACGGACAUGGCUACGUGAGGUUGGGCAGGGCAUGUCGCUCCUCCAUGCCACAGUCUCCUACUUGUAAAAUGGGCUAUUAAUAUUUACCCUCCUCCCACUGUGCUGUGAGGCUUAAUUAGAACUAGCAGUGAAAGCCCCUGUGUACAUGCAAAGUAGGCCGAGUCAGUGCACUGGCACACACCACCACCUGCUGUCACGUCCUGGGUGCACUGCCCUGUGGGACAGGGAUAGCGCCUCGUUUGACACUGACAGCGUCAAUGGUUGCACAGUGUUCAUGAGCAUUGCAUUGUUCUUUACUGUAGACUGCAUAAGGGACCAUCACUCGGUGACCUAUUUCUGUGUCUAACGCAGGGCGAGAAGACGCCAUCUCCAGCCUGGCCUCAUUUAGAAUAAAAGCCAAACGAGACUUUGUAAAGACUGGUUUGUGCUGAUGAAAUUACAAAGCUGCAUUAACACUGGGUUACUCCUGGACCAAAAUUCAAUCCAAAUGAGCUUUAAAGCCUUCCCUUGGUUCUUCCUAGUACUAAAAGCUUUGCUACUGUUCUCAUCUUCGAACCGUGCAGUGUGGACGAGUGUAUUCUUUUUUACUAGCUCUUCCGUUAACCUUCUAUGCUAGAAUAAAAGUGCAAAUGUAAAA